AUGUGCGCCUACUGUGCCUUCGGUUGGCUGGCAGAGGUCCAAGGCUUCGUGCAGUUUGAGAGCGAGGGAGUUGGAACGGCCUGGAAAUGGCAAGAACAAGGCGAAGGUUGGUUAUUUGCUGCGACGUGGCUCCUCUUUGGGCCACCUGUCAUGGCAUCGGCAGAUGUGCUUUUGGGCUUAGACUUGGCCAGCAUCACUGACAAGGUCGGAGAAGCUAUGGGAAUAGGUCGCUUGGAGUUCGGCAUUCGCCUGGCAGGCAUGGUUGCGAUUAGCUUUGCCGUGUACGGAUGGUCGUUGACAAUCUCUUCUGCUCUUCUUUGCAGGUUCAUUCGCGGCUCGCGUAGCCGGAAUUCUUGGUUCUUCCAGGUCCGUCGUGUGGUCUUGAGGCUCACCUUUUUCCGUUACCCUGCGCAGCUUUCCGGAACGUGGGCGAUGUCGGCCUACUUGUCACUGCUGGGCAGCCGUUGUUCGCUUUAUGCAACGGUGGCCGUCACAGAGCCGCCCCUGGAGCCACGGAAGCUUCACGUGGCCAAGGGCGCUUUGCUGCUGAGCCACCAGGCUUUGGGAGAGUGCGAGGUUGGGCAGGGAGCCAUUGUCGCCGCAGACGCAGUCAUGCUGCCACACUCAGUUGUUGAGGCCAGAGGCACUGUAGGCGCCAUGAGCGUGGCCGGACGACCCGUUCGAUCCGAUUUGCAGCUGGUGGGCAAUCCGGGUGUGAUCAUGCGACGUGGCACCUUGAGCAAAACACCUGCCACGAGUUGGGGCUGGCGUUGGUUGCGGGCGAUUGUUUGCCUUCUCUACCCGCUUUUGGCGCCGGGCCUCUUGCAGUUGCUGCUUCUCAUCACUUUGCUCCCUGCAAUGUACUUGCUGACCAUUGUGCUGGCCACCUUUACUAAAACCGACGGGGUCCUGAGUUCAUUGGCGUUGGCCGGAAGUUUACCCUUGGCGUACAUCGCGUUGGGUUGGUGUUUGUGCCUUGUGGCUGUGCUGCUGAAGUGGCUUUUGCCGACUCAGUCGAGAAGCUGGCGAUGGCAUGGGUCUCCAAGAGUCCACGUGGCCAUGUUUUCCCAGCAGCUGAAUUCUAUGUGCAUCUCUGUGUUCAUGAGCAUGGCUUUGGGCUCUCCAUGUUACAAUUGGUGGCUGAAACUCAUGGGCGCUCGGAUCGCCUCGGAUGCGGUGCUUUUGACGUCAAUAGUUGGUGAUCAUGAGAUGCUCACCGUUGGAAAGGGUGCAAUAGUGGAUAAAGAGGCAUUUCUUUCGAGCACACGAUUGCUGCCCAGCAAAGAGCGACCACGCCAACACUUUGAGUUUUGCACCUGCAACAAUCCCGUGAUCAUUGGCAUGGGCAGCACUGUGUCCCAUGCGGCAGCCGUCGUUGCCGGAGAAACAGGAAAUUUCAGCGUACUGGCACCACUAUCAGCUGUCGGUCCCUCUGCACGCUUGCCGGCCCAAACCUUGGCAGUAGGUUUACCACCACAGGCCUUCGUUUGGUCCAAAGAGAAGAACUUGAUUCGACCGAGCGCUCGACCAGUUCCCCGAGAGCUGCGGCCACCAAUCGUGGUGCCUCCUUAUGUGAGCCGCGCAAUUGGACGCAUGAAGGUGCAUGCUCCGGCCAGCGAUGAAAUAGCUCCAUUGGUGACGGGAGCAUGCGGUUUCCUGGGAAGGCACGUGGUCGCCGAACUGCUUGGGCGCUGCAGCCGGAUCUUUUGCUUGGUACGGGCUAAAGACGCCCAAACCGCACAGCUACGAGUCGAACAGGCGCUCCGGAACGUUGGCAUCGACAAAGCUGAAUUCCAGGAGGCUGUCGAGGUGGUGCCAGGUGAUUUGUCGCAGCGGAACUUCGGGCGAUCUUUUGUGGAGAUCCAGCGCUUGGCCGGUCGGGUCACUCACGUGAUCAACGUUGCAGCCAAAGUGAACCUCACGGAACCGUUCGAUAUGAUGCGGCAGGACAAUGUGGAUGCGACGGCGCACUUGCUGGAGUUUUGCUCUUCGGUGCGGCCGAAACCAUUUCACCACGUUUCGACUAUGGGAGUGUUUACGCCUGGACUCCUUAGACUUCUCCAGUUCAUUGAUGUGUUCUCAUUUCAUUUGAUGCUGUGUACUCAGGCCAGACAUGCUGGACGGGCAGAAUUUACUUGUGCUUCAAGACACCAGAGAGAGAAUUCUAAACAAGUUUAA